UCGUUGAAGAGGACGGUUUUAAAUAUGAACGAAGACCCAACGGUUAAUUUAACGUGGCUGCCUCAGGAUCACUUAGAAGCCAGUCCGACAGAGAAUGUCACGGCUGCAGUCGCCCCCCUGAUUCCUGUCGGUGACCCAGAGCCAGAGUUUAUAGUAAACCCUUGGGAUAUUGUCUUGUGUACUUCGGGAACCCUGAUCUCCUGUGAAAAUGCUGUGGUGGUCCUUAUUAUCUUCCAUAAUCCUGGUCUUCGUGCCCCUAUGUUCCUCCUGAUAGGAAGUCUGGCCUUGGCAGACCUUUUAGCAGGGAUUGGAUUGAUCUUCAAUUUUAUCUUUGCCUACCUUCUACAGUCGGAAUCUACCAAGCUGGUCACAGUUGGACUGAUUGUUGCCUCUUUCUCUGCCUCUGUCUGCAGUUUGCUGGCUAUCACUGUUGACCGUUACCUCUCGCUCUAUUAUGCUUUGACUUACAAUUCGGAGAGGACUGUCACUUUCACCUAUAUCAUGCUUAUUUUGCUCUGGGGAGCUUCCAUCGGUAUUGGGCUGCUGCCUAUAAUGGGCUGGAACUGCCUCAAAGAUGAAUCCACCUGCAGUGUUAUCAGGCCGCUCACUAAAAAUAACGCAGCCAUCCUCUCUGUCUCUUUCUUGCUCAUGUUUGCGCUUAUGCUUCAGCUGUACAUUCAGAUCUGUAAAAUUGUGAUGCGCCAUGCUCAUCAGAUUGCCUUGCAACACCACUUCCUGGCCACUUCCCACUAUGUGACGACCCGAAAAGGAGUGUCAACCUUAGCCAUUAUCUUGGGAACCUUUGCUGCUUGCUGGAUGCCUUUUACCCUCUAUUCUUUAAUCGCUGACUACACAUAUCCUUCUAUAUAUACCUAUGCUACGCUCCUCCCGGCCACAUACAAUUCCAUCAUCAACCCUGUAAUAUAUGCUUUCCGAAAUCAAGAAAUACAAAAGGCACUUUGGCUCAUUUGCUGCGGCUGCAUUCCUUCUAACCUUUCUGCAAGAGCAAGAUCACCCAGUGAUGUUUGA